AUGUGGGGGGUGGGGGACCUGGGGGUGCUCCCGGCGCUGCUCCUGCUCCCAGGGCUCUGCGCGGGGUUCAACAUCGACGUGGAGCACCCGCGGGUCUUCCGCGGCCCCGAGUCGCAGUUCGGGUACCGGGUCCUGCAGAGGGGGCCUCGGGGACAGCGGGUGAGUGACCCACGGGGGGACACGCACGGGCUGCUCGUGGGGGCCCUGUGGGACGGGGACGGUCAAGGAGACGUCUACAAGUGCGGCGUGGGACCCCAAAACUCCUCGUGCGCCAAGGCCAACCUCGGGGCCACAGCUCCGUGGCUCCGCGGCAGCGCCGGACACCUGGGCAUGACGCUGGUGGGCUCCGAGGACGGCGGGUUCGUGGCGUGUGCCCCGCUGUGGUCCCAGGAAUGCGGCACCUCCGUGUUCAGCUCCGGCCGCUGCGUCCGCCUGGACGAGGAGCUCCGGCUCGUGGGGACCGUGGCGCCCACGGCACAGCGCUGCUCCACCUACAUGGACAUCGUCCUGGUCCUGGACGGCUCCAACAGCAUCUACCCCUGGGAGGAGGUGCAGGAAUUCCUCGGGAACAUCCUGGGGCGCUUCUUCAUCGGCCCCGGGCAGACUCAGGUGGGGGUGCUGCAGUACGGGGAGGAGGUGGUGCAGGAGUGGGCGCUGGGGCAGCACCCCACGGCCCAGAGCCUGCUCGAGGCCGCCCGGAACCUGACGCGGCAGGAGGGGAGGGAGACGCGCACGGCCAUGGCCAUCCGGCAGGCAUGCACCGAAUCGUUCAGCGCCGAGCGGGGUGGCCGCCCGGGGGCCGCGCGGCUGCUGCUGGUGGUGACGGACGGGGAGUCCCACGACGGGGAGGAGCUGCCGGCGGCGCUGGCCGAGUGUGACCGGCGCAACAUCACCCGCUACGCCAUCGCCGUCCUGGGGCACUACCUGCGGCGGCAGCAGGACCCCGAGGAUUUCAUCCGGGAGAUCAAGUUCAUCGCCAGCGACCCCGACGAGAAGUAUUUCUUCAACGUCACCGACGAGGCCGCCCUCAACGACAUCGUGGACGCGCUGGGAGAUCGCAUCUUCAGCCUCGAAGGCACCCGCGAGGACAACGAGAGCGCCUUCGAGCUGGAGAUGUCCCAGAUCGGCUUCUCCAUCCACCUGCUCGAGGACGGGAUCCUCUUUGGAAUGGUGGGAGCCUACGACUGGGAGGGGGGAGUGCUGGAGGAGAGCGGGCGCGGCCGCAUCGUCCCGCCCCGGGACGCCUUCCAGGCGGAAUUCCCGCUGGAGCUGAAGAACCACGCGGCCUAUCUCGGUUACUCAGUGUCCUCGCUGCGGCUGCCGGGGGGGCAGCGCCUGUUCGUGGCCGGAGCCCCCCGGUUCCAGCACAAGGGCAAGGUCAUCCUCUUCCAGCUGGACCCCCAAGGCACCGUCACAGUGGCCCAGACGCUGAUGGGGGAGCAGAUCGGCUCCUACUUCGGCAGCGAGGUCCUGGCCCUGGACCUGGAGGGGGACGGGGCCACCGACCUGCUGCUCGUGGCAGCCCCCACCUUCCUGGGGGGCCAGAGCAGGGAGGCGGGGAAGGUCUACCUGUACCGCCUGGGGCAGGGCCGCCUGAGCCCCGCGGGGUCUCUGCACCCCGAGGCGAGGCCGCAGGACUCGCGGUUCGGCUCCGCCCUGGGCGCGGUGCCCGACCUGAGCCAGGACGGGCUGGCGGGGGUGGCGGUGGGUGCCCCGCUGGAGGAUGGGCACCGCGGGGCCCUCUACAUCUUCCACGGCGCUCCGGGCACCCUCGUACCCCAGUACAAGCAGCGCAUCGAGGCGGCGGCGCUGGGAUGGAGCCUCCGGUACUUCGGGAUCAGCGUGGACGGGCGGCUGGACAUGGAUGGGGACGGGCUCGUGGACGUGGCCGUGGGGGCGCAGGGGGCGGCCGUGGUGCUGCGGUCCCGCCGGAUCGUCCGCGUGUCCGUGGCGGUGUCGGUGGAGCCGGGGGCCAUCAGUGUCACCCGCAGGAACUGCCAGCGCGGCGGCUCCGGUGCUGUUUGCCUUCGUGCCCGGAUCUGCUUCCGAGCCGGGAGCCGCGCCCGGAGCGCCGGGGACACCGAUGUGGAUCUCCGGUACAACGUGUCCCUGGAGGAGCAGAUCCCGGGAUCCCGCGCUGCCUUCGACUCGGGCUCCCGGUGGCUGCUGCAGCGCCGGCUCGAGCUCCAGCUGGGGAGGCAGAGCUGCAUCCGCGUCCCCUUCCACGUCCUGGACACCUCGGAUUAUCUGCGGCCCCUCGGCCUCAGCCUGGCCUGGGCCCUGGACGGAGCCGCGGGGCCGGUGCUGGAUGAGGCGUCUCCCACCGCCCUCCGCAAACUGAUCCCGUUUUUCAAGGACUGUGGGGAGGACGACGAGUGCGUCACCGACCUGGUGCUCCGCGCCACGGCCGACAUCGCGGGCUCCAGGCAGAGCCCCCACGUCCUGCGGAAGGGCCGGAGGCGGAUGCUGGUGCGGGUGGAGCUGGAGAACCGGGAGGAGAACGCCUACAACGCCAGCCUGUGGCUGCAGCUGCCCGGGAACCUGCACUUCUCCAGCCUCGUGCUCCAGGAUCCCGGCUCGGUGAAGUUGGAGUGCUCGGCGCUGGGGGGGCACCGGCGGCGCUGCAGCGUCGGGUACCCCGUGUUCCGCUCGCAGGCCAAGGUGUCCUUCACCCUGGAGCUGGAGUUCAGCUGCUCCGUCCUCCUGGACCGCGCCGAGGUCACGCUCGAGGCCACCAGUGACAGCACCGAGGCCACACCAGAGGACAACCUGGCCCAGCUCUCCAUCCCCAUCCGCUACGAGCCCGACCUGUUCCUGUCCAGUGACACCAACCUGCACCGCUACGAGGUCCAUCCCCUCGGCACCUUCGCCGGCCCCGAGUUCACCACCACGGUCAAGGUGCAGAAUUUGGGGUGUUACCCCGUGCAGAACCUCACCCUGCACGUGGCGCUGCCCGCGCUGGGGCACGGCCGGGCACCCAUCCUGUCUGUCACCCGUGUGCUGCCCGAGGACAACGCCACCUGCACGCUGCGACCUCCCCCCGAGGGGACCCGGGUGGUGCCGGUGCCGCCCGAAGAUCUGCUGCGUGUGGACAGGCUGGACUGCUCCAACACGUGGUGCCAGGAGCUGAGCUGCCAUCUCGGGGGGCUGCACAGGGGCGGGGGGGUCUCCGUGCGCCUGCUCCGCACCCUCCACAACGGCUUCUUCAGCGGGGCGAAAUUCCGGAGCGUGCGGAUCGUGGGCAGUGCCUGGCUGGGGGUCUCGGGGGGGCUCUUGGUGCUGGGGGAGGGGGCGCAGCGCAGGGAGCUGGCGCUGGAGGUGCUGCAGGGCCGGAGGGUGCCCGUGUCCCUCUGGAUCCUGGGGGGCAGCGCCCUGGGGGGGCUCCUCCUGCUGGCGCUGCUCAGCCUCGGCCUCUGGAGGCUGGGAUUCUUCUCCCGCCCGAAGCCGCCCCAGGAAGAGGAGGAGGAGCAGCAGCAGCAGCAGCAGCACUGAGGCCCUUCCCGAUCCUUCAGGACAUUCCCAGGAUGUGUCCAGGGCCAUCCCGGGGGUGGGGGGUGUUGGGAAUUCCAUCCCAGCAGGAUUGGGCUGGCGGGGGUUGAGCAGCCGAGGCCGGAGCGUGGAGGAGGGAGAGGCA